CAGUAGUUGUAGUAUUAGUGGCGGUAGAAUUUGAUUUUCUUGUACGUUUAGGUUUUAUUGAGGAUUUUGAAGAAGAUUGUGAUGGCUGCUGCUUUACUGAUGAUGACGUCGUUCCGCUUGUUAAUAGUGUCGCUGUUGUUGUUGUUGCUGGAACAGGUAAAUUGUUAGGCGCAGAUGUGAUGGGGGUGGUAGUUGUAGGGGAUAAGAAUUCUUCUACCACAAAAGCUACCACCAACACCAAGGCUAAUAACAAGCAACAACAAGAUGAAGAUACUGCUACUGAAAGCGAAAAUGACAAUAAAAAGUCAUCGUCUCAAAAAAUCACCAAAAAACCUAAAUCUUGGAGCAAAGAAAAUAAUUCAAAUUCAAAAGCUGUUUGUAUUUGCCAUAUGCAAGGGUGGAUGCCUAAACAUCGCGCAAAUAAUACCUAUGAUUUACUACCAAUAAAUCAAGACUUUGUUGCAACCACUUUGCAAAUUUUAAGCUGA